GUCUCUCAGCCGCUGGUGUGGAAGGGGACGACGCGCGGCACGGGGCAGCUGAGCUGCUCCCUGACCGUGGGGGCGGGCCUCUCCUUCGUCGCCGACGCGGUGCAGUCGGGCGCGGGGAGCCGCUCGUCGCACCUGUCGAACAACGUAUUCCUCUCCGUCCCGCUCAAGCUGCGCGCGCUGCGUGCCCUCGCCCCGCGAAAGGUCGGCCAACCUCACACCCCUCCCGUCUCUCCCCCGUCUCUCGCCUAUACCUCGGCUGCGUCUCGCCCAUCUCUCGCCCAUCUCUCGCCCUCGCCCCAUGCCAGGCCAAGGCGCUCACGCAGACGGCCUCCCGCCCGUCGCUGCUGCCGAGCCGCUCCUCCAUGCCUCCACUCGCCUCGCCCGCCGCCUCCCGCCCGCCCGCCGCCUCGUGGGGCGGGAUUGCGGAGUCGAGCUGGUCGGGCGGGUCCACCUCUGGCCGCACGACGGCCUCGUGGGCGAGCAGACUGACGAGUGCGAGCGCACCGCCCGGCGCCUCCCUCUCUGCCGGCGACGAGGCGCUGGCGGCGGCGGGCGUGCAGCUCCGGCCGCGCGUGCGGCCGCGGUCGCGAUGGACAUCGGCCCGCCUCACGCUGUGAAUCGCGUCUCUAUUCACACCGCACUGCUGUGAACAGGUCGCGGUGGAAGUCGAUCCGCGUCAAGCUGAGCGCGAGCCGGAGGGUGCGAGUCGGCUUGGUGAGCCGGGAAUUCAUCGGGCUCGAGGAGCCGCAGCAGCAGCAGGGUUUGGCCGAGACGGAGGACUUCUCAGUAUGACGCGCGCCACCACAUUAAAUGCGCGCGUAUACACUUUUUUCAGAUAUUCAGUGUGCUAAAAACCU